AUGGUAUCAAAACACGAGAAAUUUCGAAAGCCUUUUUUGAAGAAAUUUGACAAAAAUAUCUUUUUGCUGUGA